AAUGGGAUACUCUUUCUGGAGCAGUUGUAGAUGAUGUAUUAGUUGUGUUCUGGAUGGAUAAUGGUCCAGUAACUAUGUUAACAACUAUACAUGAAAUUUUAGUACAUAGUGUGUUUGGUAAUGCAAGUAAAAAAAUUCUUCCUAUCUCUACCAUAAUUGAUAAUUACAAUUAUCAUAUGGGUGGUGUAGAUGUAGCUGACCAAUUAAAGGGUUAUUAUGGUACACAAGUACCUGUAUGUCGCACUUGGAUGCCAUUAUUUUUUUGGCUUCUUGAUACUAGUAUCAUUAAUACAUUUCUUAUUUCAAAAGCUCUUAACUUAAUCAUGAUUCAAUCAGAAUUAUAUAAUCAAAAUUCAAAAAAACAACUAUUUUAUAUUACCAAAAAAUUUGAAUUACCUAUUGAUCAUUUACUUCCACAAAGUUACUAUCCAAUAUAUCGUGAAGAGAGAGGUUCUUGUGUUUGGUGUCAGUUUCAAUAUAUGUCUGAAUAUGGAAAACAUGACAAGAAUUCACCACAAAGCCAGUUUAUUCCAUCUCCAAGAUAUUAUCAAACUAGUGUAUUAGAUGGUAUUGUCGAUGGCAAUUAUUCAAAUGAGGUGAUAUUUCUUGAUUUGGCCAAAAAAUUCGAGACAAAUGCACCUCCAUGGAGUGUUUCUUCGGGAACUCCUGAAAAAGAAUUUCUUGCUACAUCAUGCCUUAAUUCUAUAAAUGGAUCAAAUAUUUUCUUAAUUGGAGGACUUUCUACUGAUCAAGCAGGGCUAAACGUAAUUUAUCCUUCUUCAUUAUUAUAUACAUUUAAUCCUGAUACAUUACAAUGGACCACAACGACUACUACUGGAUUUUUUAAUGCAUCUUUAACAUUGACUCGUAUGAAUGCUGUUGUAACAAAUAAUGGAAAUAUUUUUAUUUUUGGUGGAAUCCAAAUCAAUUCUAUUAAUAAUAAAAAACGUACAGGAAAUUAUAUUAACUAUAUGAAUAUACUUAAUGUAAACACAUUAAAAUGGUCUCAGCUGAACACUGCAGUAAAUGUUCCGACACCUCGUGGAGGUUAUACUGCUAAUUUAUUGAAUAAUAGUCUCAUAAUUUAUAUAGGUGGAUUACAAUUAGUUGCUACAAAUGUUAAUAGCAGCGUUGAUAUGAAUGAGCAGGCUUAUGGUGAUGCUGUUACUUCCCGUCUUCAAACUUCCACACAAUUACCAAAUAAUAAUCUUUAUUUAUUUGAUGUUCAAAACAAUGUUUGGAUUUCUUCAAAUCAACUAGAUUCAUUUAAAACAAAUUCAUCUUCAACAAAUUCACCUUCAACAAAUUCAUCAACAAAUUCAUCUUCACCCAAUUCAUAUUCAACACCUUCUACAAGUCAAAAUUUAAAUGGAAUUAUCAUUGCUAUCAGUGUUGUAGGUGGCCUUAUUUUUAUUGCCAUAAUUGCUGGAUUGUUAUAUUUUAUAAAAUCAAAUAAUCGUAGUGAUAAACCUAUCCCAACACCUGGUGAAUAUAAAGAUGAAAUUCCAAUGCAUUACUCUAAUAUUGAUGUUAUUCCGACACCUGGUACUUAUACACAUGAUAUUCAAAAACGUUACAAUAACACAAAUGCUAUUCCAACUCCUGGUACUAAUUCCUGUUAG